UGCCUUCCAAAAUAGUUCGGCUCGUUGCCUUUAAUUAUAGGACACGUCGGGCGUAGGCUACAAUUGGACAUUAUAGAACUGGCUAUUUCCAACGGAUGUACACAAAUAUAACAAUACGUGCAAAGAGUACAGUCCUAAAGUUGUAGCCGACUAGCCUACUUGUUUUGUUAUUUUAGCCGCUUUUACUCCCUGUCUUUUCUGCGAACGUUUAAUAUAUGGCUUGCUAACAUGAAAUCUUGGUUCUUAUUUUUCCAGAAUUAUACAUUAAUUUCCUUAUCUGACUUACAAGAAAAGUCUAAUUCUAAUAUUUGUGCUUCUUCGUUGCGUACUUCGUUUUCGGGUUUAAAAUCUAUGUUCACCUUAAGUAACGUGGGCGUCUCCGUUUUCUUUAACCAAUGAAUGCCCUUCUCUGUUUAAAUAGCUCUGGGUGUCAAUCAUUUUUUUCUCAGUCAGCCUGCUUUCAAUCGCCAUAUUGGGUACUGAAAAGGCUUGUCUGUUCUUUCCUCUGUUACUACAAACCGAAAUUGACAGGAGUGGGUUUUGCAAGUGCACUUUGUUUUGAUGAUCCGUGGAGAUUUCUUUUGCUCGCAUUGCCGCAUUGACCGCUCUAUCGCAGAAAUUCAUUUUUAACGCAUGGCAUGCCUGCGUUAGCUUUGAUCUCAGUCGUUUUCGCCAGUUUUGGAUCGCACUAAAGUCGGAGUAAAUACGUAUUUUCACUCGUUUGUUUGGUCCGUUUUUUUCACACGCGGAAAAUGUCAAACGUUCGUCUUUCAAAUGGAAGUCCGACUUCGGAAAGGAUGAAUGCCAGGCUGUCGGAUAACCCAAAACCUUCCCACUGCAGAAACCUGUUCGGGUCGGUGGAUCCCGAAGAGUUAAGGAGGGAUUUAAAGGAACAUUUGCAAGAGAUGGAACAGGCAUCAUCUGCCAAAUGGAAUUUCGAUUUUAAAAAUCACAAGCCGCUCCCGGGUGGGAGAUACGUUUGGCAACCGCUGGAUAGUAAAAGUUUGCCCGAUUUUUACAGUAGACCACCACGGGCUUCGACGGGCAUUUGCCGUUCUGGGAAUAACAACGUGGAUCUUAAUGGGAAUCAUAAUUGUGUGAUGGUGAUUCCCUGUCAAGAGACCACUGGAGACAGGCUUUCCAGUGAAAAAACGGAGGAGUCAGAAAGUCAGAUGGGUUGCCGAGACCAACGCAGCGGACAGAGGAAAAGAGCAGCAAGCCGGGAACAAUCGUCUCAAAAUAAAAGGUCACGCACAGAUGAAUGUGUCAAGACCGGGCAACGAGCAACUUCAGUAGAACACACACCUAGGAAAUCCAGCCGAAGGCGCAGACGUAAGCAUUCUAAAGAGCAGAAGAUGUAAUUCCCCUUUUCAUUGAAAACUUCAGUGCUCGAUGAAGAGGAACUACAUUUCUAGAAAAACAAAUGCAUAUCGACUCCCAUGGACGGGGAUGCUGUACAAGCACUGAAUACAAACACUAAACUUCUGGCACUCAAAGUAACUGCCUCUAAAGCAGUCAAUGUAGCAGUGUGCAAUUAGGUUUCCUCCUUUUUUGCUCAUUUUUUUUUACUACCUGUGUACAUAGUCUCUUUUCAAGUGUAGCACAUAAAACUUAAGAUACAAAUUUCCUUUAUAUUAAGCAGUGUGAAUUUGAUUCGACUUGAAUUGCAGUAGGUUUUCUUUUCCUCUUCUAAAAUGCUGUCAUUUUUUGUGAAGUCGUGUGUGACAAUUCAUACAAAGAAUGCAUAGAAAUAUCCUCAGCAGGGUUUUCAAUGUCCCCAACCAUAAUGCCUUUUCAUAAAUUUAACUGAGCCCAGGUAUAGUGCUGUGAGUACAAGACCUGUUUUUCUAAAGAGGGUCACUUAACACAAGGUCAUUAAAACGGUGUAAUUGAUGAGAUCCAGGCUAUUUCAUAUGUCCACAAGAAUAGAGGCAUCAAACCUACCUACCAGUGAUUUACAGAUGCCAUUAAAACCCAACCAGCUAUUUUAGCCCUGCUGUCUGUGCAGACAAGACAUCGAAAUGCUGUAACACAAAUUCUGCCAAAGUUACUCUGCUCAUUUCUGUUAUUCUCUCCUGAUUAGAACAGCACACAUCCCCUUUUUAUGAGUAUGGGGAUCCAGUCUGAAGUAUUCAGCAACUGAAUAAUUGAAGGCAAGGCAUUAGGUCAAUUCACAGUAUUAAUUGUUCACAAGCCGCUGGUGAAUGUGCUGAAGUGACUUAUUUAUACAUUUUGUGUGAAUUUAUACAAUGCUUUGAUUUACAUUUAGUGUCCUCCUGAUUCAAUAAAUUGCAACAUCAAAAUUAUUUUAUCAGAGAAUAUUGUAUCCCCCCACCCCCAAUCAGACAUGAAAAAAUAUUUAUUGUUAUGCAGUUCAGUGUGACAGAGAAGGAAAACUUGGGAAGAUGUGUUGUGUUUUCUGUCUUUGACAAUUAUACUGAUCUAACAGAAAUACAUGAAUCCUUUUUUUGUGGAAUUUUUUGCCCUGCAUCACAUAGCACUAUAUUUGACUAGAAAAGGAAAUUCUUCAUCUUUUAAAAAGGAAAUUACACUGCCUGUGUAUUUGUGUAAAACUUUGAAGUGUACCUGUGUACAUAACUUUGUAAAAACACUGAGAAAUUAUACUAACUUAUUUAUGUCAAGCUUUUUUUUAUUUAGAAGAAAUGGGUUUUGUUUAUGGUUAUCCAAAGUGGCAUUUGUGCUUUUUUGGGGGGUAGUUUCUCAAUGUUUUUUUUUUCCCUCUCAUUUUUAAUUAAAACAUGUAAGGUUGCAAACUGAGCCUGAAAAUACAAAGUGCAUUUUGUAAUGUGUGUUUUUAAAAAUUGCAAUCGACUAAAUAAUAAAAUGAAAUUGAGUAUUAUU